AUGAUACUGCUUGGUGAAACAUCUUGCAAAAUUAUCGUUUUCCUAUGGCUGCUGGCUUUUACCGCUGCAUUCGUCAAUAUUGCACUUAACAAACCGGCCUAUCAGAAAAGACCAUGGACUGCUGACAAACGAUAUGACGCCAGCAAUGCUGUGGAUGGUCGUAAAUCAAACCGGUCAUGGAGAGGUGGAGAGUGUUCUAAAACAUAUGGUGAACAGAACGCCACUUGGUGGGUGAACCUGACUAGCAUCCAUAGAAUCCAUCACAUAAUCAUCUACUACAUGAAAUCCUAUGGUCAUUGGGGAACUGUUGGAUCUUCCGUGUAUGUUUCCAAUACUACAGAUAUAUUAGAUGGAUAUAUGUGCUUCAACGAUAGUGAAUAUGCAGUAUUUACCGUACCUCCCCUUUCAUACAUUUCAUGCUCUACAAAAGCACAAUAUGUAAUUUACUACAAUGAGAAGCGACCAGGGGUUUGGUAUCCUGACACAUCUGAGUAUACGUUUGCUGCGAAUAUGCUAUGUGAAGUUGAAGUUUAUGGUUGUCCCAACACAGGAUUGUACUACGGAAUAGACUGUUGUUCCAAUGUCAAUUGCCGAUACUGUUACAUGGAAACGGGCACCUGUCUGGAGUGUAAACCUGGGUACAUCGGCAACAGGUGUGAAUCAGAAUGUACACAUGGGAAUUAUGGAGAACAAUGCCAGAAUGUCUGUGGACAUUGCAGAGAUAUGCAACAGUGCAAUCACUUUAACGGGACAUGUGUCAAAGGCUGUAAGCCGGGGUAUAAACAACCCACGUGUACACAAGAGUGUAAUAUGGGAUCAUAUGGGGUUGACUGCAAUGAAACUUGUGGACACUGUCGUGAGGUCUAUCAGUGUUCCAAAAGCAAUGGAAUAUGCUUAUAUGGGUGUGACCCUGGGUAUCAAGGUGCAAUGUGCAAAACACAUUGCACUGCAGGAACGUAUGGGAAGGACUGUCAGCUAGACUGUGGUCACUGCAAAAACAUGACACAGUGCCACCACGUGGAAGGGACGUGUGUAACCGGAUGUGAACCAGGUUUCAUUGGAUUUAAGUGUAAAACAGUCUGCGACAAAGGAUGGUAUGGUGAGCAAUGCAGAGAAUCAUGUGGUCAUUGUCGUGACACAAACCGAUGUCUGCAAACAAACGGAACAUGCUUAACGGGGUGUAUGGCUGGGUACAGUGGGUAUUUAUGCAAGACACAAUGUACACACAGGAAGUACGGUGAUAGUUGUCAGACUGAUUGUGGACACUGUAAAGAUAUGGUGCAGUGUAACCACGUGGAUGGGGCGUGUCCAUACGGAUGUGAACCCGGAUAUACACAAGACAAUUGUACAAACCGUUGUGAGAUAGGAACAUAUGGGGUUGACUGUAAUGAAACCUGUGGACACUGUCGUGACAUAAACCAGUGUUCCUUUACCAAUGGUACAUGCUUCACUGGAUGUAAUGCCGGUUAUCAUGGUGCGGUAUGCAAAACAGUUGACGAACUGUCUAGAAGAACUCUUCUGUUCUUUAUCUUUUCGUUAUGCACAAUUUUGGGACUGACAUGGACUUGUUGGAUAAUCUCUGCAAUUUGUAAUAGAAGAAGAAGGCGUGGACAACAAAAGGUCAAACAAAUCGAACAGAAACUCCAAGCUGAAGGUGAACAAUUGGUUCGAAUAUACGACGAUACAAAGUGGAAGAGUCCAGUGGAGAAUCAGAUGUACUUUAAUGUUCCUGAAGACAACGCCUAUGUUGAAAUGAAUCAUGUUUAUCAAAAUUAG